AUGAGCCGCCCAUCGACAAAGCUAUGCGCAGAGUGCUUCCCGAGCGCGCUGCGGGCACCUCAGGGCCUCCGCCCUACGAGGUUGCGGGGCGCCACUCGUAGAUCCUAUACUACAGAACGAAGGACGCUCGAUACACUACGGCGGCCGAGUCGACCUACGCUAGCAUGUGUGCCUGCAGAGAGGAUCUGCCUCCAGCUGGCCGUUCGAUUGCCGCAGAAGGCGCGUGGUCUCGCCACAGUCUCGGGCGAGAAGACCACCGCCGCUCCGCCGCAGGAUGGGCCUAUGAGGGAAUAUGAUGUGCGGGUGCAGGAGGGGCGGUUGAGGGAUGAUGAGUAUCAGAGAGGAAUUAUCCAAAACCUCCAGGACCUCUUUGAAGCGCUCAAAGAUUACAACCCACCCAAGGUUAUUCACCCCGAGCCCGAAUCUCUGGAUCCUCAGCAAAAGUCGUCCUUCUUCGGUUCUCUGUUCGGCGGUGGUGCGAAGAAAAAAGCGAAGUCGACUAUCCCCGAGAACCUCCCGAAGGGACUGUACAUGUAUGGUGAUGUCGGGUGCGGCAAGACGAUGUUGAUGGAUCUAUUCUUUGAUACGCUGCCGCCGAAUAUCACGCACAAGACACGCAUUCACUUCCACAAUUUCAUGCAGGAUGUACAUAAGCGUAUGCACGUGGUGAAGAUGAAGUAUGGAAACGACUUUGAUGCGCUGCCGAUGGUUGCGGCCGAUAUUGCCGACCUCGCAAGUGUGCUUUGCUUUGACGAGUUCCAGUGUACCGAUGUAGCUGAUGCAAUGAUCCUGCGACGGCUUCUCGAGAUUCUCAUGUCCCAUGGUGUCGUCCUUGUCACCACAUCCAACCGCCAUCCAGACGACCUGUACAAAAACGGCAUCCAGCGCGAAUCCUUCAUUCCUUGCAUCAAUCUCCUCAAGACUGAUCUGAGCGUGAUCAACCUCAACUCCCCAACAGAUUACCGUAAAAUCCCCCGGCCCCCGGCUGCCGUCUACCACCACCCACUGGAUGAGGAGGCACAGCAGCAUGCGCAGAAGUGGUUCGAGUUCCUGGGUGACCCUGUCAAUGACCCGCCACACACAGCCUCACAGGUUGUCUGGGGCCGCGAAAUCAAGGUUCCCCGUGCUAGCGGCAAGGCUGCACAAUACACCUUCCAGCAACUCAUUGGCACGGCUACAGGUGCAGCCGACUACCUCGAGCUCGUCCGACAUUACGAUGCGUUCAUUGUCACGGAUGUGCCGAGCAUGAACCAUACCCAGCGUGACCUGGCGAGACGCUUUAUCACCUUUAUCGAUGCGGUAUAUGAGAGCAGGGCCAAAUUAGUCCUCACAACCGAAGUUCCCCUAACAAACCUCUUCAUCUCCGAGACGGAUGUAAAGAAAUCUCUCGAAGGCGACGGCGGAGACCACUCAGAUCUCUCCGACGCAAUGCGCAUGCUCAUGGAUGAUCUCGGUAUGUCCGUACAGGCCCUGAAAAACACGUCUAUCUUCAGUGGUGAUGAGGAGCGGUUUGCGUUUGCGCGUGCGCUAUCCCGUCUUUCUGAGAUGGGAAGUAAGGAGUGGGUGGAGCGUGGGUCGGGGCUUGGAAACAAUCCUGCGCAGAAUAAGAAGGAACAUGACGCUUGGCAGAAGACGAGGAGUCAUUGGAGUGAGGAUAACAUGUAA